CCGCCUGCCCGGCAUGGCGGAGGAGCGGCGCUUCCUCUCGGCCUCCGGGGUGCCGAUCGCGCUGCGGCGCCGCCAGCACAGCGCGUCCUGCCGGGAGCUGGCGGUGCGCGGCCCCCGGCUGCAGCUGCGCUCGCUCAGCGCCGCCACCUCCGCCGUCUGGCUGGCGGCCUACGGGCUCUUCGCGCUCAGCGAGAGCAGCAUGGUGCUCUCUGCCGCCAUCUUCCUCACGCUGAUUGGCCUGAUCAUAUACCUGCACUUCGUGAAGAUUGACCAGGAAUCCCUGCUGGUCAUCGGCUCGCUCGGCAUUCAGGUGACUUCCUCCUAUGCCUCAGGGAAAGAGAGCACGACCUUCAUUGAGAUGGCUCAAGUGAAGGAUGUGGUUAUCAAUGAAGCCAUCCAUAUGCAAAAAGUUAUCUACUACCUAUGUAUCCUCCUCCAGGACCCUGAAGAUCCUCAGGGAGUAUCUGAGGUCGUGCCACUCUUUCAAAGCUCCAAGCCACGACUGGACUGCUUGAUAGAAGUGUACAAAAGUUGUCAAGAGAUCCUGGAGCAGAGGAAGACAGCUCCACAAUCAAGUGAAAUAAAAUAGCUGAAAAAAAAGACAGCAAACUUUCAGCAGGACUCAGAGGGACACAUGGAAAAGCAAGCAAAACUGCCCCAUGAGCAGAACUUUUUAGGUUCAGACAGAAGAGGGUUUUUCUUGCCUCUCCAGAAAAGAAUUAUAGGGGAAAUAGGGCAAAGGAAGACAAGAAAAUGCAUCAAUUUUUACUGUUCCGUGCAUCUGAAAAUUAUGCUAAAAUUAUAAAAUAACUUUGGCUGGACUGACAUAACUAUGCAUUCUUUGGUUUUUAUUUAACCUUUUGUUUGAAAAACACUGUAAAUACCAAAGCUGAUGUGUGGGCUCAGAUAGUAACUUCCUGAUGACAGGAGAAUUUCAGAAGGACAAAACCAGAAAAUUAAACUGUUGCAUUCAGUUAUGUUUAAUGAAAUAAACAUAAGAGAUCUGAAGACUGACCUCUUCAGGGAUCUGCUUGAAGGAGUCCCAUGAAAUGGGGUCCCUAGAGGGAAGAGGGGUCCGAGAAAGCUGAUUGAUAGUCAAGGAUCAUUUCUUCUGAGAUCAAGAACAGUCCAUCCCAAUGAGCAGGAAGUCAAGCAGAAAUGCCAGGAAGCCUGCAUGGAUGAGCAAGCUGGUCCUGGCAAUGCUUGAACACAAAAAGGAAGUAUAUUGAAGGUGGAAUGAGGGACAGGUAAUUUGGGAGGAAUGUAGCAACACUAUUCAAGAUGUAGUUAGAAAAGCUAAAGCCCAGCUGGUGAUGAAUCAGUUGAAGGAUGUCAAAGGCAACAAGAAUGGUUUCAGUAAGUGUUGUACUACGACAAGAAAUAACUCACACACUCACUCAAGAUGCAAAAGAAGGAAAAGAGGAAGUUUUAUUUCUGACUUCGUAAUAUAUAGAAUUCUAAAAGUGACAGUGGAUUGGAGGAUGAAAUUGCUACUUCUCCAACCACACUGGUCAAACUAACAGUCUAUUAAUUCUCUCUUCUCAUAAAGAAGAAUGUAAAACAAUCAUUAUUUACAUGAACAGUGUGUGAGAACUCCAGUAGAAAUAUGUAAGCAUUAGAAGGCAAAGAAAACUUUUAAAAGAACUUUAAAACUUUUAAAAGAACAGGGCGACAAGUAAGUGCUUAACUAUCAAAAGGAGCACUGGGAAAAUGUGAACCCAUUGCUGAAUGAGGCAGGGCCUGUUGACACAGGACAUGGAAAAGAUGUGGCAUUUAAAGGGCCACAUCAGUUACUCUGAGAAUAUGAGGCACAUGUGUUGUUGAAAAUGAUGGUAAUGAGAAUGUGAAUAGAGUUUUAAUGACCAGUGCUCUUGGCAGUAACUUAA